AAACUUUGGCUACGACAGGUUUGCAAAUCGAUCGUUGUAUCUUGUCUCUUGACCUGGUCAGAUCUCCUCAAUACAGCUUGAUAAACUUUUACUGUUGACCGUUUUUAAAGGGUCUUUUUAAACCAUCCAUCCAAUUCAAACCUAAACAAAUCCAAUCUUCCUCGUUACUCAUCGAGCCUAUCAUCCUGGCUGUUCCCCUAAACAUCCUACAAUUCAACUCAUCAACUCUCUUCGUAAUGACUCUUCAUAGGGCUUCAUUACCACACUUCCCUUCAUCGACUCCAGCCAGGUUACGAUCAUCUGCUUCCUACGAUCAUCAUUCCAAUCAUAAGGAGCUCAAGCCAGCUUCACACUCCACGCCUCUCGAGUCGACCCCUCUGUUGGCCCAUCAGGAUACUACUACUACACCUCAGAAUAUGAGUCCACUCGACCAAACCCUCGAAAAGGUUGGCAUGGGCUUGUACCAAUGGAAACUGCUUGUGCUCUGUGGUUUUGGCUGGAUGUGCGACAAUAUGUGGCUACAAUCAGUAGCUGUCAUCUUACCCCGGGUUCAAAUUCAUUUUCGAGUUAGUGACCGGUGGAUUGGCUUGCUGUCUACCUCAAUAUUCACUGGUAUGAUGGUCGGGGCGUGGACCUGGGGAAAUUUCUCGGAUUCCUAUGGCCGCAGGCAUCCUUUCAACGGCACCCUCCUCAUGACCUCUGUCUUUGGACUGUUAUGCGGAUUUUCUCCCUCAUUUGAAGUUCUUUGCUUUCUACUCUUUUGCCUUGGAACUGGUGUUGGAGGCUCAAUGCCAACCGAUGGAAUGCUUUUUCUUGAAAAUAUUCCGAAAACACGACAUUAUCUCUUGACUGCUCUCUCAUUUUUUUUCUCAAUCGGAGCUGUGAUUGCUUCAGUACUCGGGCUGGUAUUUUUGCCUGGCCAAAGCUGUCAUGAGCCUGCACCUAACGAGACCCUUUUAUGUAAUCCUGAGCUGGAGAACCGUGGUUGGCGUCAUCUCUUGAUUGCUCUUGGUGUGAUUACGUUCAUCCUCUUUGGAUGCCGAGUGAUCUUAUUCAAGCUCCAGGAGUCUCCGAAAUAUUUGAUGGCCACCGGUCGCACCGCAGAUGCCAUCAUUGUUCUUGAAAUAAUAUCACAGCAUAAUGGAGAUUCGUUACAGCUUUCACCCGCUGACGUCGAAGAUGAUCAAGAAGACUAUGAUGAUGUGAUGCAAUCACAACGUCAGCGGAGAGCCGGCUAUACCGCUUUGGCCGAGACCACAAACGGUGCUUCGAAUUCCGUAUGGGAUGUGAUGAAGUCAAGCUUGGAUGAUUUCACUGGAAGGAUCGAAUAUCUUUUUACACCCCACUGGAGGCUUACCACGAUAUUAGUAUGGACAAUCUGGACGACGGUGGCAUUCGGAUAUACAUGUUUCAAUGUGUUCUUGCCCAAGUAUCUCGAAAAAAGGAUUGGAAUGGGUGGCGAUGGAUUGGAGAAAACGUUGAGGGACUACGUUUUGUACACAGUAGCAGGUUGUCCAGGUAGUAUCCUAGGCGCUUGGCUAAUUGAAACAAGGUUAGGACGGAAAUACUCCAUGGUCCUCUCGACUUUCCUUACGGCCAUCGGAACACUCGUCUUCAUCACCGUACGGACGGAGAAAGGGGUGAUCAUGAGUUCGAUGGCGAUUUCACUGGCAGCUACAUUGAUGUACGCGGUGAUUUAUGGUUAUACUCCUGAAGUCUUUACUCCGCCAAUGAUCCGUGGCACAGCAUGCGGGAUUGCAUCGGCCCUCAGCCGACUAGCCGGGAUCUUGGCCCCUAUGAUCGCUGGGAUCAUGAUGAUCACAUCGAUUUAUCUGCCCAUGUAUCUAAGUGUGUGUAUGUUUUUGAUUUCAUGUGCUUGCAUGCUCUUUUUACCGGUCGAAACACGACAGCAAUCUACUACUAGAACCCACUCACCGGCAUGAUCACCAGUCGGAUCUUUUACUUGAUGAAUCGUAUCCUCAGCCAAAUACGCAUUUUCAAAAACGUUUUCCUUUAUCUAUUUGUAUCCUUCGUAUUUUUCUAAAUGAUCAUCAUAAUUCUUUUUUUCCUUUAUAUCCCAUCAAUGUAUUUUUUCCGUUUGAUGGAGCAAUAAUGAUAUCUCCCAAUCGGUUUUUGACUU